GCUGCUAGAACAAGUGGCAAAUUGGCUGUCCUUCCGAAAGGCCUGGGUCCUUGGGGCAGAGGCAGACGAAGUCUAUGCUUGGACGGAGAUAGCCCACUCUGCGCGGGAGUGGCAUUUGCUGGUGGAGGAUGAUGUGAAAUUCACGCACAGGGCGGGCGAAUGUUGGAACGAGUUGGUCACGCUCCUCGAACCGAAAUUGGGAGAUCCUGGCACUGGGCCAGAGAACUGCCUGCACCUACUGGCUGUGCAUGCGACGAUCGGUGAGCCCUGCAUGGUGCGCUGUGGCUGGCAGCUGGGAAGCUGGGACGAUGAGAAGAUAUUCUUUGUUACAGAUGCUUACUUCAGAACAGAUGGUGGUAUUGAGUACGUUGAUGAGGCACGGUCAAAUCACUGCUCGCUACUCAACCGAGCCAUGGCGCGCGAGCUGCUGCUCGGCAGCGAGGACCACAUUUCGGCCACCUCAGACGUCUACGCGCAUGAGGUGGUGGCGGUCAACUUCAACCAUUUCACCAUGUUUCCGCCGAUUUCUUAUGAUCUAUCCUUCGCGCUGAAGGUGCCUUCGUUGAUCCGGCCCAAAGGCACGUAUGCAGAUGACGUGCGUCACGCAGAGGCCGUCGAGAGAGCCAGGCGAGUGGAGCCACAUCGGAUUCGAGUCUGGCUGCAGACCUUGGUAUGGGUCCGUGAGUCGCCUACGGGAGCCUCGGACGGUGCGGUGGCCGGAUGGAGCAAGGUGUCGGAUGGCGGCGAGGAGUUCCCUGUGAGGGUUGUCUACGAUCUCAGAGCUCCGCCGGACUGGCUCUAUGCAGCGUACCGGCUGUUCGUGGGCGAUGGAGCUUCCAAGCCGCGUGAUUUUCGCCACGUGGACAUGCGCUGGGUGAGGAGCGUUGACCUUGCCUUCCCUUACUGA